GCUGGUGAAGAGACAACCGGUGCGCGCAGCUUUCCCAAGAGGAAAUGAGAAGAAUAGAAGCUCUCCGAGGAAAGAGAGCCAAAGAGGGAUGCAUGCCAGAGAAGGAAACAGCCUCGCAUCCUCCGACUCAAGUCAUAUCUGAGACGAUCCUGAGCCGGAUGGUGGGAAAGUGAGAGAGGAGGAGAGCGUGGUCACCGCUGCCGUGAGCCCAUAAACACACACGUUCAUUCUCUCACACUCUAUAGCGGCAGCUGUGUGUUGUGUGUCCGCCUGCUCUUUUGUGCCGGCAGUUGGGAUUGUUCUUGGCCCCGUCUGACCCCCCUGUCACCCCCAUAGUGUGUGUGAGUGCAUGUGAAAGCGUCAGGGGUCUCGGGACGUGGAGUGAGCCGAGGGUCAGGGUUCGGGUAUCCGGACGGGUCCUGCAGCAUCUGAGGAAGAGGAGGAGGAGAGCAUCUGCCGCUCAGCGCUGGACAUGAACAUCAGCUCUCCUGCUGGGGGUCUCGGACUGACAUAGCCUCGGCCAAUCACAGACUGAGUUAGAGGUGGCGGCCCAUAAGGGGCGUGAUGGCGGCCAUGCCGUUCGUCAGCGAGGGGAAGUGUGUGAGCGUGGAGUGGGAUUUCCUACAGGGGUUGCUCGCCAAACCACCAACCUUGCCCUGCCUGCAAAACUUGAGGAAGGAGAAGUCCCGCAAUGCGGCUCGUUCUCGGCGGGGUAAAGAGAAUUUUGAGUUCUUUGAGUUGGCCAAAAUGCUCCCUCUUCCCGGAGCAAUCACCAGCCAGUUGGACAAGGCCUCCAUCAUCCGCCUCACCAUCAGCUACCUCCAUAUGAGACACUUCGCCAGCCAAGGAGACCCACCCUGGAGCCCUCUAAUGGAGGGGCAGAACAAUUGCAACAAGGUGAGAAGAACGACUCAUUCAUUGGCCACUGAUAUAUUUGAGCAGCACCUGGGAGCUCAUCUUCUACAGUCUUUAGAUGGAUUUGUGUUUGUGGUCAGUCAAGAAGGAAGAUUCCUUUAUAUCUCAGAGACCGUUUCCAUCUACCUCGGUCUUUCACAGGUUGAGUUGACCGGCAGUAGCGUGUUCGAUUACAUCCACCCUGCGGACCAUGUCGAGAUGGCAGAUCGCCUUGGCAUUAGGCCACACCUCCGGGCGGAGGCAGGCUGUCAAACGUCCCAUGAGAGUGCUUCAAGCUCCGCCUCCACACCUUCAAUGGCGGGAACUCCAGAACCAGCACCAUCCAGUCCCUGUUCUCCUGCCAAUGAGCUGUCAGAACGUGGCUUCUUCAUCCGGAUGAAAUCCACCCUCACCAAACGCGGCCUCCACGUUAAAUCUUCUGGUUAUAAAGUGAUUCAUGUAACAGGUCGAAUACGCUGUCGGCCCGCCCUGGUGCCAUGCACCUCCCGCUCCUUGCAUCGGCCAAUGGGGUUAGUCGCUCUGGCUCACACGCUUCCGCCCUCUACGCUUAACGAAGUGCGAAUGGAAAGUCACAUGUUUGUGUUUAGGGUCAACAUGGACUUACAAGUCACCUACUGUGAGAACAGGAUUUCUGAGUAUAUGGACCUCAGUCCAGCAGACGUGGUUGGACAAACUUGCUACCACUUCAUCUAUGUAGAAGAUCUGGACACCAUCAGGCAGAGUCAUGAAGACUUAUUACGGAAGGGGCAGGUUGUGACGGGCUACUAUCGCUGGCUGCAGAGGAGAGGAGGCUAUCUAUGGAUUCAGUCCUGCGCAACCGUGUCCAUCAACCACAAAGCACCCCAUGAGCGGAACGUCAUCUGGGUCAACUAUGUGGUCAGUCGACUAGAGCUGGCAGACAUGCCUCUGGACUUAUUACAACUCCCAGAAAGCCUGAGGGCAGAACGGCUUCAAGUAAGCUCCUCCCCAGGCCACAACUCUCCAAAGGCACAAGGUUCCACAGUCACUCAGCCUAUAAAAAGUAAUGCGGCCAGGGCCGAACCAGACCGUAAAGGAAAGGAGACCUACGCCCAUUCUGUUUCCAGCCAGUCAGAGGAGACCAGGAAGCGAUCACACCAUCCUAGCUCUGACAGCGGUCCUCCAGACAGCAGGAGGCGUGUGGAGGUGUUUCGUCAGAGAGAGGACAGCCCAUGUACCUCAUCAGACCAAGCCAGCGACAGCGAGGAGGAGGAUGAGAGAGAGACUCAAUGGGACCACGCCUCCAGCGGCAAACACAUGAAGAAUGAGGAUGGGACGGCCAAACAGGACAACGGUAAGAUCCAUAACGGUCGCGCUGUGAUUCAGCAUCUAAAGUGCUUGGUGACCAGUUCAGCAUCAAAUAUUAAAACUGAACAGGAAGUGAUUGGAACAAAUUCAGGGGGGCGUUGGAGCCAGCCUCCAUCCGGUGGAGGAACCAACGGAAGCAGCCCGCCUUCGAAAUCAAACCCAACAGAAGCUCCACCCAAGGGGCUGUUCAACCCUCCCUCCCCAACUUUGUCUCCGCCCAUCUCUGCCACGCCUCUGGCCAGAGAUGAUCGUUCCAUUCACGGAGGGCGCGCUUCAGACUUCGAGCUGCUCCAGAGACUGACCGCGAGCGGAGCUGCGGGACGGGUGCUCUUUCAUCCGCUGGCGCUCGGACCACAAGGGCCACAAAGUCUCUACGCUCCCAGUACGAUUCGCUACGCCCCAGCUGAGAUGCCUGCGGGUCAUGCAGAAGGUCAUCGCUCGGACUAUGUGGCUAAAACUCCGGCUUUCUUUCCACACCUGCAAAGGAUCGCGUCUCUGCCACCCUUCAGUGGCUUCUCUCCGGCAGAACCCACCUUUCCUCCGACACUGCCCUUCUGUAUGAAUGGACUGAGAGGUGCCGCUGGAACGGAAGAGGACUGAGAGAGGGAAAAAAUGAGAGAGAGAGAGAGAGAGAGAGAGAGAGAGAGAGAGAGAGAGAAAGAUAGAAAGAGAGACAGAGAGAGAGAGAAACUGAAAUGGAGAGCCACUAAGAAAUAAGGAAUAAUACUACGAAAGGGACUACAGGAAAAGAUUGGGCAAACAGUCUUCCCAGAAUCCUCUUCUCUGUUCAUUUGUACGUCUUCCUCUCUCUUAACAAGCAGUUAAAGCCAUACUGAACAUAUGAAGGACAUCAUGCAAUUACACUUUGAGAAUAUAAAGAGCCGUUGUCCCCAGAAGGGACCCACUCAAAUUUUGUCUUGGGCCGUUUGAAUUUAACCAAUGGCUCUGGGAAUAUGCAAGUAUCGACCGGAGCAUAAUGGUGGGCAAGUGCCAAAACAGACAUUCCUGACAACAUACAUAAGAAAGCACAGUGCAGAGGUCCCCAUGUGGCCCUCAGAGGGGUCAGACUGAUGAAAAGUAGAACUUUGAACAAUGUAGAAUUUUCAUUUUUGUAAAAAAAAGAAAAAUGAAUAAUUGUCUUUAAACGUAUGAAAAGAAUCACUUGAAAACAAAAUACCCAUGUAAGGUCUUAGCCAUAUAUAGACCACACUAGAGACUUCAUACAUGCAAAGCCUCCAAAAAACUCCAGAGCAGAUAUCACGGACUAACCUUCCUGUCAAUAUGUGGGGUUUGUUGGGAUGGCGGGUGGGUUGGGGAUGGUUGUGUGUGUUGUUUUGUCAUUUAUCAUGUCCAAGCACUUAUAGGAUAUUGUUGCAGACACGUAGCACUUCAUCUAUGAUUCUGUAUUCUAGUUCUCCUUCAGUAAAAUCACAGGAAUUUAGUUUACAACAAGUGUGAGCUUAGUGAGCUUGGUGUUAUAUAAAGGUGCAAUCUUUAAUCGUAAAAUACAUUUAAAAUGAAACCUCUUUUAGGACCUACUUAAUAAAAAAAGCAUAUUUCCUUUCAAUUUCUCAUUGACAUAAUAUUUACAAUAUGAAAAACGUAGUGCUUGAUAUACAGCCAUGAAAAAAUGAAGUGACCAUACCGUAUUUUCAUUAAAUCCUAAUUUCUAGAUGUAUUUUGGUCAUGACUCAGUCCAGUCCAGUGUCUGUUAAAUUUCAACAAAAUCAAACCUCAGGAGUGACAAAGUCAUCCAAGAGAAAUGUAAAAAAGACUGACACAGCAUGACAAGACACAUACAAACUGAUCAAAAUCGAGGUCAUCAUUUAAAACAAUAUUUUGAACUUUUCCUAAAUAAAAUACAUGUAGAACUGUCGUAGUGCUUGAAAAUGAAUCUGAACUUGUUUCCAUUGCGCUAUUUGAGGUCUGAAAAAAUACAGAGCAUAUUUUCUGUUAUUUUGACCUGUUUCUCCAAUUUUAUAUUUUCUGCAAAUAAAUGCAAAUAGAAAAAAUAUUUUAAUUUGAAAUUUGGAAGAAACAUAGUAAAUUCAGAAAAACUGAAAAUAAAUUUGAAAUGGUCCCUUAUUUUUUCAGCGGUUUUAUAUUUAUUCCUACAUUUGGGGUAGAAAUGUUACCGGGACUCUUUUCGUGAGUCAAAACUAGAAAUGUCUUUAGAUUGAAUUUUCACCCAGACUUUUGCCUUUAUUUCGAGUCUCUAGAGUGAAAUGAAACCUUCAGAUAUUGAGAAGUCAGAUUUCAAGUGAAUGUGAUGUGCACAGACUUGGAUUUUUACAGUCUUUGACUGAUUCCAUCGAGUUGAAGCACAUCAAACAUUUAGCCGACUUUGGAGGAAAUCUUUUGGUGUAUGUAUCUGUAUGAUGUUCCAACAGUAAAAUCUCAAGUCAUAUGUUAACAAGCCAAUGGAAAUCGAGUGUGUGGGAUCCCAAAACUCCAAAAAUGAAAAUGGUUCGCUUCCAUGUGACUGUCAUUUGAACAGUUUUGUAAAAUCUGUCAUCUUAAAAGUCAUAUAAAAUAAUUCAGUUUUUACUCAGACGUCAAAUUAAGGAUUGUACCUUUUAUGAAAAGUCACUAAAGGACAGAGCCAAAGUUAGUUCACUCAAAUAUAAAAAUUAUGUCAUCAUUUCUUUCUUGUCAUGUUGAAUAUUUUUUUAAAGAAUGUUCAUGCUGCUCUUUUGUGUUUUUAGAUUUCUUAUAAAUCUUAAAUCAUUCCAUUUAUUUUCUGGUUUUAAAUACUGAAUACUGUGAAUACUGAAUUGAAACCCAACUGUUAGUCAUUUUUCAAUGAGUGACAUGAGAUUAAUGAUGACAGAAUUUUUAUGUGAUGUGAAGGUUACAAAAACUAAAAUACUUAAAUACAAAAAAAUUGGUUAUAAGUGGACUAUAAAAAUGUUCUUAUAAUGCCACACCGAGGAUAACUGAAUGUGGUUUGAUAAGCAGUAAAAGCAUUUAUUAUGACAAAAAUCUCUUCAUAUCGCCACACAUUUUGAGGUGUUUUGUUGUUUUUGUGUGUAUAUGUGUUUCUCAUGCAGUAUUAUCAUAUAUCAGUGGUUUUCAGUAGCACUACAUGAUGUGAGAAGGUCUUUUUAUUCCAUUUGUGAUUGUGAGUGAAUGUGUAAAUAGUUGAGAGAGAGAGAGAGAGAGAGAGAGAGAGAGAUCCAGAAAAUAUCAGCUCAAGAGUUGAUGUCCUCUUGACUUUAAUCACUGUAAUUUCAACUUCUUUAUGAUGAGGAGAUGUUUGUGAACAUACUGCGCCAUGAGCAUUAAAUGAAAAUGAUACAUUGUAAAAAUGAUUAUUAUGAUAAUCCAAACAUCAACAAUAAACUCUAUUCCAAUAAUG